UUGGCUAGUCACAAGUCAGCCCAGCUCCCUGACCAGGGUAGGUGAGGAGGACGUGAGGUUGGUGACGCUGACGCCGCGCGAACUAGGCGUCGGCGUGGUUUAAGCACGAAGAAACGAACAGGCUCGGCUGCUGCCCUGACGGUGCGGGGGGAAGGGGAGGGAAAGCGGCGUCGCAACUCGCACCGCACCGCACCCCUCUCGAACAGCAGAAGCCAUGUUGCCGCGCACGCACUCCCACCCGGCGCGGCGGCGCUCCGGGCUGGGCCCGCAGCUCUGCGCCGCCGUCGCCGCGCUCCUGCUGCUCCUCUCCCUCGCCGUCCUCCACUCGCGCCUCUCGUCCUCCUCCCCCUUCCCCAACUCCUCCCGCUCCCGCUCCCGCUCCUCCACACCCGCGGCCGACUCCAACUCCUCCGCGGUCCUCGCGGACGAAGAGGACGAGGACGUGGCCGCCGUGCUCGACCCGCUGGUCACCCUCACCACCACGACCACCACCACCGAGGGCGGUGGCGGCGUCAUCGCCAACUCCGACGACGACCGCAUCGACGAGCUCGACGUGCUCGACGAGGACACUGCGGGGUCCGACGCAGCGGACGACGUGUCCGCCUCCGCAGCCGCGGCCGCCACGUCCCUCGUCUGGGACCACGCCGUCGGCGCCGCCCGCCUCCCCUUCCGCCUCCCGGCUGCCGGCGGGCUGCCUCACCUCAACUCCCCACGUCGGAUUGCCGCGGCCGCCUUCGGAUCCGACGACGAGCUGGUGGAUCUGGACCUGCGGAUGGAGAUCUCGUCCAUCGGCGGCAUCGAGGACGUGCUGCUGCUGAAGCCCGCCUCUAGCAAGGGCGCCGAGACGCGGCUCCGCGCCGGGUGGGCGCCGUGGCUGGAAGGGAAGGUCGACUACCUCCGGCGCGAUCGGAUGCUCCGCUCCAACCUGGAAUCCCUCAAUCCGCGCAACCACCCGCUGCUCCAGGAUCCGGACAGCCCCGGCCUCACAUCUCUCACCCGCGGCGACCGAAUGGUGCAGCGGAUGCUCCUCGCCGAGAUUGAGAAGCCCGCCCCCAAAAAUUUUGAGCGUCGGAGCCUCCAAUCUUAUGAGAAUAAGGAGGGAAUGGGAGUAACUGUGAAGGAGAAGCAUGGGGAGGGAAGGAGGUGGGGAUACUUCCCGGGGAUUGAUCCACAUUUGGGGUUCUCGGAGUUCAUUGAGAGGUUCUUCGAGCAUGGGAAGUGCUCCAUGAAGGUGUUCAUGGUUUGGAACAGCCCGGAGUGGGCCUACGGUGUGCGGCACCAGCGUGGACUGGAGAGCCUGCUCAAGCAGCACCCAGAAGCCUGUGUAGUCAUGCUAUCGGAGACGCUGGAGCUAAAGUUCUUCAAGGAGUUUUUGAAGGAAGGAUAUAAAGUUGCUGUUGCGGUGCCGAAUCUUGAUGAACUUUUGGAAAGUACUCCAACACAUGUAUUUGCAUCAUUGUGGUAUGAAUGGCGGCAGACAAAAUAUUACCCCUUGCAUUACAGUGAGCUAGUACGCCUCGCUGCUCUUUACAAAUAUGGUGGAAUAUACCUUGACUCUGAUGUUAUUGUCCUUAAACCUUUAACAUCGCUCCGGAAUUCUAUUGGUGCUACAAAGCAAGUCUCUGGAAAUUCCAGUUUUAGUAGUGCUGUGUUAGCAUUUGAAAAACGAAGCCCUUUCUUGGCGGAGUGCCUUAAGGAAUUUUAUUCAACAUAUGAUGAUACCCUCUUGCAGUGGAAUGGUGCUGAACUUAUGACAAGAGUAAUAAGCAAUCUAUCUAGCAGAGCAGAUGAAAAUCUUGGGCAUCUUGACAUAAAGUUGGAACCCUCUGUUACCUUUUACCCUAUAGCUUCUACUGACAUUGCGAGAUACUUCUCGGAGCCAGGUAACAUGGUUGAGAAAACACAACAUGACGCAAUGUUUUCCAGAAUUUUGAAGGACUCUACCACUUUCCAUCUUUGGAGUGGCAUUACAUCUUCGCUGGUCCCUGAAUCCAGCAGUCUUGUUGAGAAAAUCCUUAAUCUUUACUGUCUCCAUUGCUUAGAUGUUUUAUAGUUUUGGCAGUCUGAAGUUCCUGCGAAGGGCUUCACUUUUGGUUUAGAUGACAUAUACAGAAAUAAUCAACAAGGCUUGUGGUGCUA